UUUAACACCCGGCCCAGCUCUGAGGCACCACACUGUGUCCUGGAAGCUGCUUGUGAUGAACACAAAGACUCUCGAUAAACACACACACUCUCACUCACUAGCGCUUACACACAUACACACACACAAUGGAUGUCAAAGUGGUAGUGGUGAUGUUUUACCUCAUGGUGAUUAAUGCGGAUUUGGAGACUGAAGCGAAGCCCAUCAGCCUGUUGGAGAGAUGCUGGUGCCGCUCGACGCUCAACACCGUGCCACAGAGGAGCAUCCGUGAGAUCAAGUUCCUCCACACGCCGCACUGCCCUUUCCAAGUCAUAGCCAAGCUGAAGAACAAUAGAGAGGUCUGCAUCAACCCCAAGACCAAAUGGCUGCAGCAGUAUCUGAAGAACGCUAUUAGCAAGAUAAAAAAGACAAGACAAAAUGAAAACUAAAGGCGGCGGUUGGUGUAAGAGGCCGGCCCGUGACUCUGACCUCUGUAUUGCAUGUACACACCUCCCUCCCACACAAACACACAUACACACACACACACACGCACCAUCUGUCCCUGUGUGGACUGCUUGCACAAACAGCACUUCGCCUAUGAAUGCCUUUAUUCCUGCACCAGAAACCCACCAGACACACACACACACUGCACCAUUUUGCCAUUGUGAGAUUUCGGGUUUCUGCAGGUCUGUAUACUGAACUGAACUGAAUGGCUGAAUAUGGAUACAAAUAUUUUUGUGUGUUUUCUGUAUGCAUUCGCUUUGUGCCUUUUUUUUUUCCAGAAGUUGCUGAUAAGUGUCAUGGUGAAUUAAGAAGGAAAAACAAAACAAAACUGGGUAGCAGUUACACUUAAAACUUAAACCAGAUUGAACAAAAAUUAAAUGUUUUUUUUUCCAGGAAGCCACAGUAUGAUGCUAAUGUAGCUAACACAAAGUGUGUAUAGCUACCAGUUUAGCAUCGUGUGUAGAUCAUCAUUCGUCAUUCAGCAUCCAGACUUAGAGAAAGUUUUUGAAAAAAAAAAAAAGAGUCACCCAGACCACCAUGUGGCUCAAGUGGCUUACAGUUUGAAGGCAAAGCUUUGAUUUAGUUAUUCAGCUAAACUCUGCUAACUACAGUAUAUGUUAGCAACACUAGCUCUCUUAGCUCUAAAAAAAAGCAACUACAAGCUAAAAACCACACAAGGCACAGGAAUCUGCUCGCUUAAGACAGUUAAUAAGGGAAAUCUUUUAUGAGGAAAUGAAUCACGACGACACUUUCAGUGACUUCAGUACAGUAAGAUUCUAGUUUUUCUUUCUUUUAGAGUCACAGGAUGAUCUUCCCUGCACAGACAUAAUUUUUUUUUUUUGCUAACAUUUUCUAUGAGGCCGUAUUCACGUUAACGAAUCAGUAGAAUUCUUGGAUUUGGUAGCAUCAUGUGUAACACUUGCUGUUAAAAGUGCUGACACCCGGAUCCUUCCAUUAGAUUUUCAAUAAACGGCGUGAGGUAUUUCCAAUAUACUUUACCACAUGGAAGCUGUUAGUAUAGAAAUCAUGUUUUAGAUAAAUUAUAAAUCAGAUAAAUUAUGUGAGAAAAACAUUGUUUGCGUAGCAAAACAUGUUAUAAGAAACUUUCUUGACUUGUAAACAUGCUUACAAUGAAUUAUUAUGACAUAACUGGCUUCCUAGAACGUGUUAGCAUUAUAUAUUUGCUUAAAAGAAGACAUAGUUUGUUUGUUUUUUUUUCUUUUUUUUUCAAUAAUGUAACUUUCACAUCAAUGCAAUCUCUAUUGGCAGCUGCUAGUUUUAUUAUUAUUAUUAUCAUUAUUUCCAAAUCCUGUGCUCAUGAAAUAUUAUAUACGUAUCUCCUAAUCUCCUUCCAGCCAGACGUGUUCUUCUGUUGUGUUUGCACACCUGAUCAUGAUGUAGGAUUGUGGUUUUGUCGUAAAGGGUUGGAUCAGUAAACGGAGACAAAUUUCAAUCCUUUGUGGAAAUAGAAUUAAAAAGAGUUAGAGGAAUAGGAUUAAAAAAUAUGGGGGUGGGUGGUGGGUGGGUUUACCACACAAAAAAUCCAUCAAAAUAAUGAAAUGAUUUUAAUGAACUUUUUUUAUUGAUCCAACUUUUUACUUUGACCAUGUAUUGUAUAACAAAUACAUCAUAAUUAUGGACCAAACAUCUGAUUCUCAACCUGUAAAUAGUCAGAGAAUCAGGUGAUGAUGUAACAUUUGGCAUCGUAUCAUGUCAAGAGGCUUCCAUGAUUAUGAACAUAUUUAGUGCUGAUUUACUAUUUACAAGAAUUAUCUCACUUUAAAUACAGUUUAUUUUCGUAAAAGAGAACCUACGGGGGACGUUUUGUUAUAUGGAAUCAUACAACUCAUGAGGGAACAAAAA